AUGAAUUUAGCGAUACGGUUGAGAAGCAGUUCACCUUGUCCGCACUCGCAGAGUUUGAGAACAUUUGGCAGAAUGGCGGGCGGAGGGGAGGAGCACGCCGCGCACUCAUCCGCGCAGGAUGAUGCGAAAGAUUCCGAAUCAGACGGCGAUGCAGCUGAAGAUAUUUUGGAAGAGUCUCCUUGCAAACGAUGGUCGAAACGUCGUGAGCAAGUGAAGCAGCGAGAUGUCCCUGGUAUUGAUGUCGCAUAUCUGGCGAUGGACAAUGAGACGGGUGAGUCUUGUAAUGGACGUAGUUCGGAAAAGUAUCAUCACAGGGAUGCUAUGUGUGGGUAA